AAUAAUAAAGAAACAGAAAGAAACUUGUGGUUUCCUGAGACUCUGUACAGUAUGUGACGUCAUACUUCUUCUUUCCCCAGAAAUGUGUCAUUGUCUCAGAAAGCCAGAGUGAAGGGACGGCAGGCGGCAUACAAUGAAGCUGUUUCCUGUCCAUUCAAUACUUUGGUCCAGUUUGCUGGUAUUGUAUGCCUCACAAAGCGAGCUGGAAGACAAUUAUGAUGUCUGUAUGGAUGAGGUGAUCCCAGAUGAGAUACUGUUUCCAGAGAAGGAUCAUUACGUAGAAAGGGAAGCGAUGAAUAAAGAAAACUUCCUCUGCCUCCUUUACCCAACAAAUGAACUCAACUGCUCCUGGUCAUUUAAUACUUUACAGAAAGAUACUCAGCUCUUUGUCUAUAUCAGAAUCUGUGUGAAUGAAUCCACAGUUCACUUUAUGACCAAUCCAUCUGAGGAAAGAGUUGGAUCAAGAUCUCUGAUUGUGCAUGAGCAUGAAAUAUUUCAUGUAAUCCUCCAAUUUAACAUAACCCUGCACGACAAGUGGACAGUCUACACCUACACAUACAGCGAGGACAUGCUAGAGGUCCUGCUGCCACCUCAAAACAUCUCUGUAUCAAUCAAAGAUGGAAACCUGUUGGUGACAUGGGCUCUGCCCCACAGUCAAGUAACCACUAACAGCGACUGCUUUGAAUACCAGCUGGAAUUGGGUGACCAGGAAAACCUGAAAAACUUGGUCGACCAGCUGCAUUAUACAGAGCCGAAUGCAGAUCCCAGCCACACCUACAGAGUAAGGAUGAGGACAAGAGUGACAAAUACAUGCCAAUCAAACCCUCAAUGGAGCAACUGGAGUCCCAUUGUCACGCUGGAACAGCCCUUUUACUAUCUGAACACUCUGGUGAUCCUCUCAAUUUCACUUGGAAUACCCAUGAUCCUCCUGGCCGUGCUUCUGUUGGUGCGCUAUCAAAGGGUGUCUAAGGUUCUGUUUCCUCCAAUUCCUCGCCCCCCGCCAAAGUACAUAUAUUUUCUGGAAAAAAAUGACGCUUCCAAUUUCUUUUAUCCUGCCCCAGCAGCUGAACCUGUGGAGGAGAUCACAGAGGUGGAGGACACAGAACAAGACCCUGGAAAGACAUCUUAAAUGCAAAAUUGCACCCAUUUUCAUACUAAAUUUCCAUUCAGAAACUAGCAGAAAUGUGUUGAAUGUAUGCAAAGUGUAUAUAGGUGUGUUUGUGUGUAAAUUGUAGUUUUAUAUUUUAGGACAUCAUGUAAUGCUUGUUUAUGUAACAUGAAAUGUGAAAUGUUAGUUUUAGUAUUCUUUUUUUAUGUAAACCAAAGGGACAUGCAUAGAUGAGUUUUAAUUAAAUAUUUUUUCUGCCUGAA